GGUCUACACUGGGGUGGGGGGGUGGGAAAUCAAUCUAAGUUACGCAACUUCAGCUACGUGAAUAACGUAGCUGAAGUCGAUGUACUUAGAUCUACUUACUGUGAUGUCUUCACUGCUGUAGGUCGACUGUUGACACUCCCCCGUUGACUCCGCCUGUGCUUCCUGCUCUGGUGAUGUACCGGAGUCGACGGGAGAGUGCUCAGCGGUCGAUUUAUCGUGUCUUCACUAGACACGAUAAAUCGACCCCUGCUGGAUCGAUCACUCCGGAGGUAAGUGUAGAUAUGCCCCUAGAGUCAAUAGAUACUUCUGAAACUAUAGGGAGCAAUCUUGGCUCCAUUGAAGUCAAUAACAAAACUGCCAUGGACUUCAGUGGGGCCAGAAUUUCACCUAUAUCUUUUAGAUCUAAAGAAAUCAAGCAAAUAAGAUUCAGGCACAAGAGAUGGAAGCAGACAGGGCUAGUGAGGAGCUCUGACAAUAGGUAAGCAGGUAGAAAGCUAACACUACUGCUUAGUAUGCAAAAACAUAUUCCUUUUACUGUGACCUAAUACCCACCUCCCAAGCUUUAUUGGGUCCUUGUUAUCUCUUGACACAAACCUUGAUUGUGAGCUCUCUGGGGCAGGUGCUGGCUUUUACUACAUACUUUCCUGCUAAACUCUGUUUUUUUCUACCAUGUCCUCCCACCCUUCUCCACUCUGUUGGUCUCUUCUGUUACAUCCUGUCUGACUCCUAGCCUAUGAACUCUCUGGGGCAGGGCUGUCUGCUUUGUCACAUGGCUGCACAGUGCCUGGCACAAUGGUGCUCUGAUCCCUGAAUGCAACCUCUGAGCCCUAGUGUGAUAUAAACAACAGAGGCUUACACAGAAGAAGUGAGUUUGAAGGAGGAAAGAAAGGCAGUAUAUCCUUAGUAAAAGCUCCAAGCAUAAGAAGCCUGUGGAUGUGGAGGAAGGGUGUGGUUGAAAUAAGAAUCUUCCAUGGGGUGGAGGAGGAAGAGAUCAGUCAGAAAUUACAAAUUCAACGGAGAGGUCAUAUAUCAGACUUUUCCAUUUGUGAAGUUGGCUCUGUGUUUUUAUCACCACUCCUGUCUGGUCAGACUUCUGUCUUUUUGCAUUUUAUGGCCAGACACACACUCCAGGUGAUGUAGAUUCAAUACGUCAGGAAGGGAGUUGCAAUUUUCUGUUAUUUCAGCUUCCCAUGAGCUGCUUUUCUUUCUCUUGACAUGCCUGACAGGAGCAGCCUUUGCCAGCAGCUGCUCUCCCCCCACCCAAACAAAUGAUGGAUGGAAAAAUAAAAGCCCUCCUCCAAUAAUGCUGCCAGUGGAGUUACAAAGACGAAUGGAUUUGGACUGGCAGACCCUUGAGCCGUCAACAGACUCCAGAAGAAAUGAACUAUUUGAUUAUGAAGAAUGUACUGGCACUAUUUCACAUAGGUAAAUUUAGUGUCUACUUAUGCAGGACAUAGUAAAUUGAGCAACAACCUGAUGUUCUUGCAAACAAAAUACUACAGACCUUGUCCCUCUUACUGUACCUUUCCUCCUACAUACGUCCAUGUUGAGGCCGGUAAUGUCACACAAUAAUGAUUUCCCAACAGAUAAUCAGGGCAAGUUUCUGAAUCAAGGUAUAAGCUACAACAUUUGAAGAAGAAACAGUAAAUAGAGUUAACACUGCCUCUUGGUUCAGGAAGAGCAGAAAUGCAGAAUUCAUCACAGUGCAUUGCUAUCUGCAAGGAGUCUAAUACUAUCCACCUAGAGACUCAUAGACUCAUAGACUCAUAGACUCUAAGGUCAGAAGGGACCAUUAUGAUCAUCUAGUCUGACCUCCCGCAUGAUGCGGGCCUCAAAAGCUGACCCACCCACUCCUGGAAGAAUUCUCUCCCUUGACUCAGCUGCUGAGACAGCGACAACAAUGAAUUAGUAGAAUGGAAGCUUCUUGCAUGCUAAUGGAGAACAAGCCAAGGUCAUUUACUGGGGAGCUAUGGAAAAAGCAUCUAGCAGGAAGGACUGCAUAUGGAUUGGUAAAGACACAUGGAUAUGUGGUCCAGAUUGUUAUUGACUGAAAGGUGUUACCAUCUUUGAUACUCUUUGUGAAGCUAGUUGGUGAUCUUAGUCCACUCCACCAGACCCAAUGCAGUGCCCACUGCAGUUCAUGGAGAGUCUCCCAUAGAUUUCUUUUAUAUUUUUUAACAUCUAACCUUGAUUGUGAGCUCCCAAGAGAUUGUUGUUUUAUUACUUGUUUGUACAGUGCCUAGCAAAAUGAUGCCCUGAUCCUAGGCUAGGGGUACUGUGCUACAAGUAAUAUGGCAUUUUCCUAAGCACAAUUUCUCUAGCCAAGUCCCUUUUCCUCUCUGCUAUAUGGAGACCGCUGAUCACUGCAUGACUUAUAUGUUUUUCAUUUUAAAUAACUUUUCCUCCAUAAACACGUGAAAUUCCGUUUUCACCCAUUCAAUGUCUUUUUAAUCAAGAGAAAGAACCUUUGAGAAUGAUCUGCACUGACCAUGCAAAUUGCAGUGAAACAGACAGUGGAAGAUUUGCAUUUAAACAAAUCCCAAACAAGCUAUUUCAGAGACAUCAUUAAAUUGUGAAAAAUACAUUUCCGUCAGGCUCAAAGAGAACUUUAUUAGCGGAGAAUGAGCAUUGACUUCAUUCUCAACUGGAAAGCUCCUGACGGUUCAUUUUCAGAAAUCUUGCAGAGUCUGAAAGGGGGGAAUUCACAGCAGCAUUCAGAAUGGAAACUGUUCCUACAGACUACGGCAAACGAGUUUACCAAGGAGUGAGAGUAAAACACACAGUCAAAGAUCUCCUUGCCGAAAAACGCUCGAGACAGACCAGCGGCUCCCGAUUCAGCGGCAGUGCCAGCACCUCCCCGUCUCCAUUUGUCCAAAUGUCGGCAGGCUCCACUGCCAUGUCUGGUUACUAUGGAGUUAGGAGAUCAUUCAUGUCCGAUUUGGAUUUCCACAACACUAAGCCGCUUUCAAAUGAUGUUUAUGCUUCAUCCCUGGGGGCAAAGUCCUUUCCGUGUGACUCCUCUGCCGUUCAAGGGUACCCGCCGCUACUGGACCCCUAUUUCACCGAGGACUAUCGCGCCGCUGCCGUAACACCCAGCACCAGCUCCCUUUUCAGCACCUCCUCGCUGCCCCCGCUCCUGCCGCCCUUCCCCAAUGACUCAGCACAUUUCUUAAUAAGAGACUCCUGGGAGCAGGGCAUGCCCGACAGCCUCAACCAAUCCGAUGCCGUGUGCUCAGAUUCCCUACAAACCUUGCCCACAACUACCAGCUGCCUCACCUCUCACGAGAGUGGAAGCACUUCCCAGUAUAGAAGCUCAAGCUGGAGUUCUGCCAUCCCAGGAGCCCAGUCCUACCCUUUGCAUGCUUUUGAAGAUGUCCACUACGUACCGAGUUACCCUGCCACCUCGUCCUAUUCCUUUUCACCAUUUAUGACUGUAGCGAAUGACCUACCUCCCAAGAUGCUCCACCUCUCAUCAGAAGAGCCCUUAGAUACAACCUCCCUUCAUGACAACUCCUCUUGGGCAAAAGAAGACGGGAGUCCAGUCUGGGGGACAUAUGAAUGCCGAAGAACUUAUUGAGGAAAGCUCACAGUUGGUGACAAAUUAGAAUUAACCUUCACUCAGACAGCUGAAUUGAUUGUAGGAUAUUUCCCUAUAGUCAAUCAUUGAAAAUUGAGGACAGUGAUAACAUACUUGAAGGCAAAAAUGCUAAGAAGAAUUUCAAACAAAGGAAAUAUUCAUUGCUAAAAUCAGCACAUUACUUAAUGCUCUGUUUAACAAUAUAAUUGUCAGGGUUACUGUGUAGCUUGUAGACAAUGGUCUCGAUCCAAUGCCCAGGGAAAGUCAAUUUAAAAAGUCCAAUGACUUCAGUGGUCUUUGGAUCAGUCCCAGUUUGGAAAACAACCUUAAGAAACAGAACCUCAUCUUUUUAGUUGCUGAUAAACCGUGUCUAUUUAAACAACCUUAGAAGAUUUCUACAAAGUGAUUCUACAAAAAGAUACCGAAGUUAUGGAGGGGAAGGAUGGAAGCCUUUUCAAAUAAUUUAAGUUCUGUAUAGUGAUAUCUUACUUUCUACCACAUACAUGUAAAUUCCAAAUGCCAAUGUUAUGUAAAUAUGGCAUUGUCCUAGGGUGAUAGUUAUGGAAGGGAUAGUAAAUAGAUGGUGAACUUGGACAGACAGCAUAUCAGGCAAUGACAAAUAAACUUCUGUAACCUAAAAUCAGCCACAAUGGAUUGCUUCAAGGAAAAUUAUGAUUGCAGUAUACGAACGCUUAUCUGUUACAGUGGUUUUCAUACCCAAAUAAUUACUAUUUGUUAUUAUUCAUUUAUUGUGUGUAAUGCUCCAAACAGCUCCAAGCCCCCCUUGUGCUAUGCAAAUACAUAGUAAGUGACAGUCCCUGCCCAAAGAGCUUGUAAUCUAAAACCCAGACCCUGCAAAGACUUAACUUUAAACGGGUAAAUGGUCCCACUAACUUCAAAGGCACUGCUCCUGGGUGCAGAGGUCUGCCUGCAUGGAUUCAUUUGCAAGUUGAGGGCCAGUGUUUUUCCAAAGCCAUUCUAAAUUAGAGAUGUAUGGGUAUUUCUUGAAGCAUAGAGGAAGAGGUGUCUGUAUAUAAAUUAUACGAUCAUAUUUUGAAGGCCCAUAAUUUUACACCCCAACCCUGUUUUUUUUUUCUAAUGGCAAGGUCCAUUAAACUCAAAAUAUCCCUUUGUUAUUAUUUGCAUUGUGAUACCACCUAACAGUCCCACCCAAUAUCAGAGCCCCGCUACCCUAGGUGCUGUACGAACACAUAGUGAGAGAUAAUCCCUGUCCCAGAGAUCUUAAAAUCUAGACAAGGGAUACAAACGGUGGGAGGAAAAACUAAGCACAGGGGGGAAAGCCUAUUGAUUUCACUGGGAAUGAGGCAUCUAAAUACGGGUGAGGAUCUGGGCCAAAAUGACAUCCCUAAGAUCCCACAGCAGGAUACUGGCAGAACCAGGAAUAGAGCCCAGGUCUCCGUAGUGCAGGCCAAUGUCCUGACCACUGGAUCAUACAACUCUUUUAGCCAAGAAGACACUUCAUUACUAUUUUUUUCUCAUGUGAUGAAAUUCAACAGCCCAGAUCUCACACGCAGCCCUAUAACAGCCAGCCAGGAAGGAGUGGGGCAGGGGAGCAACAUGCAAUGGAUAAACAGUUGUAAGGAAACAAAUUGUAGUUUCAUGCUUCCAAAGAGAUUAUAGCAACAGAAGUGAAAAAAUACAUUUUUAAACUGAUUACAAAGUACGUCAGCUGUGUCCCUUUAAAAAGCUUUUCAGAACUUUAAACAAUGUGUGUUCACACACCCCAAAGCCCACUAUUCGCGCCCUUGCAAAGAGCCCUGCCAGGUGAAAAAGAUAUGUGCGCCCCAGGAGCUCAGUGUGGCCACUAGAGGGAGCUGUUCACACACAGAUGGAACUAGGCCUGUCCCUUUUGUCUGCACAAAGCACAUCCAUUAUGAUGUUUCUAGUUAACUUCUUUGUGUUAGUAGCAAUUUUGUUUCCAGAGCCGUGAUGCUUUCUCCUUUGAUGGGAAAUGCUCCCUUAGUGUGGCAGCGGGAAAGACGCAAAAUCUUAGUUUAGGAGACAUCGGACAUGGUGGCAUCAUGGGCUAAAUCCUCAGGUCUGUCUGAAUUAUGCUCAGCACAAGGCCUGAGGAGUGUGGGGGAGACAAGGUGGUUUAAAGUCGUAUUUGCACCCUCUCCCCUCACCGAUUAGAUCCUGGGGGCAGCCAGGGGCAUCACGGCUGCGCUAAUCUCCACUGGCUGGUAACAGCAAUCCAAGGUUGUUACACAGUCAGUGGGAUCCCAGGAGACAAAGGUAAUCCAGCCACACCUUCUCUUGUCCCUACUGUGCACUUAACCCAGAGGGGACGGAACCGUCAGGAGGUUGUGUAGAGGCUACUUUACCAGCCAGGGAUUCCUCUGCAAUGGGGGACUAUCCACGUGGCAGCAAUGCCAAAGGGUCCAAGAUGGAUCUGAGGAUUUGGCGCACACAAUCAGUGACCAUUUUAGCAGCUUAUUAGAAAUCAGUUAUGAGCGCCUCCCAUUCUGGCUGCUCACACAUUUCAAUCAGGC